CAUAUCCAUACUAGCGACAGAUGAGUGUAAAAAGAUGCCGACUUUAGCACACUGGAAUGAGCAUUACUGUUCUGGGUUUUUGGUCCAGUGACAUUGAUGAGUUCAGCUACAACCAUUUACACAAGUUCUUCAUCGUCCUGUCCUGCCUCAUAUCAGUCUCUGUAAACUUCAGCACUUUUCUAGUGAUUGGAAAAACGUCUCCGGUCACAUAUCAGGUUCUUGGACAUCUUAAGACAUGCCUGGUUCUAGCGUUUGGCUAUGUGUUGUUGAAAGACCCAUUCAACUGGCGCAACAUUCUCGGUAUUAUGGUGGCGGUGAUUGGAAUGGUUGUGUAUUCCUAUUUCUGCUCGAUUGAGACUCAGCAGAAGGCAAGUGAAACAUCUUCAACUCAGCUGCCUCAGCAAAUGAAACAGAGCGAGAAGGAUCCGCUAAUAGCAGUUGAAAAUGGAAGCGGAGUGUUAUCAGACGGUGGUGGUGGUGUGCAAAAGACGGCGGCUCCUGUAUGGAACUCAAAUAAAGAAUUUUAAGCCUAAAAUCUGAACAUCGUUAUAUUUUUUUAUAUAUAUGUCAACUCUCUUUUGUAUCAGUUUUGUCAGAGAGAUUUUUUUUUUUUUUUUUUAACUUGUUUAAUUCUCUCUUUUGUUUGUUUGUUCACUUUUACAAUCGCAUAGCAGAGAAUUAGGGGAGACUGAAAGAAAACAACAGCUUUCCACACCGUAUGGGAAAAAGGAAGAAAGCAGAGUGAGAGGGCGGACACAGCUUUGAUGAUCCAACUUUACUAUACAGAGCAGUUUUUUUUUUGUCAUAUUUGGAACUAGUGAUACAACUGUAUACCAAGGUUGUGGCUAUAUUCACCAAUACUGGAAUUUGGAUACUUGUGUUUGAUUUUCAUGCUCCUUUACAUGGAUUAUAUACACUCCUCA